AAUAUCAAGGAAGGUGGGGACAUGAAGGCGUAGACAGCGCAGCUUACAUUUGGCACUUUUGGCAGUCCACUGCCACUGCUUUAAUAAGAUGGCCACCAUGUUGUCUCGGACUAUCUCAAUCGUUGAAAAUUUUACCCGAUUCAAUGGGUCAAAGAUACUGGGAUGCAAAACCAACUUAGUAAAACAAUCAGUCAGGAAUUUGAAUGUUCAUGAACACAUCAGUUACAGUUUAUUAAAUGAAGCUGGAGUUCCAACUCCUAAAUUUGGAGUUGCUAAAACUGCAGAUGAAGCUGCCAAACUUGCUGCUGAUUUGAAGACCAAAGAUAUUGUUUUGAAGGCACAAGUCUUAGCUGGUGGCAGAGGAAAGGGACAUUUUAAAGGAACUAGCAUUAGUGGUGUAAAGAUGUGUGAAACGCCAGAAGAAGCAAAAAAGUUAGCCAGUCAAAUGUUAGGUAAAUUGUUAAUUACUAAACAGACAGGUGAAGCAGGUAGGAUAUGCAAUGCAGUGAUGGUUACACAACGUAUGUUUCCUCGUAAAGAAUACUAUCUUGCAGUUAUGAUGGAAAGAGCCUUUGGUGGUCCAGUCAUAAUAGCUUCAAGUCAAGGUGGUGUAAAUAUUGAGGAAGUUGCUGCAACAAAUCCUAGUGCUAUCAUGUAUGAACCCAUUGAUAUACAUAAGGGUAUUACGAAAGAGCAAGCAGAUCGAAUUGCUGUUAAACUUGGACUUCAGAAUGUUAAAGAUUAUAUUUCUAACAUCAUCAUGAACCUGUAUAAGAUGUUUCUUAAGAAAGAUGCUCUUUUAUUAGAAGUGAAUCCUUUAGCAGAAGAUGUUAAUGGAGAAUAUUUUGCUUUGGACUGCAAGUGCAGAUUUGAUGAUAAUGCUGAAUUUAGGCAAAAAGAACUAUUUUCCUUAAGAGAUUGGAGCCAGGAAGAUACUAAAGAAGUUGAAGCUGCUAAAUAUGAUUUAAAUUACAUUGCGCUUGAUGGUAACAUUGGUUGUAUGGUAAAUGGAGCUGGUCUAGCUAUGGCUACUAUGGACAUCAUAAAAUUGCAUGGAGGUGAACCAGCUAAUUUCUUAGAUGUAGGCGGUGGUGCGUCUACAUCUGCCGUGAAAGAAGCAUUUAAAAUAAUUACAUCAGAUUCACGAGUCCAUGCUCUUUUGGUUAACAUAUUUGGUGGAAUAAUGAGAUGCGAUGUUAUCGCAGAGGGAAUUAUCGCUGCAACUAAAGAACUUAGCUUAAAAAUUCCUGUUGUUGUUCGAUUACAGGGUACAAAUGUAGACGAAGCAAAAGCUCUUAUUGCAAAUGCAGGUUUAAAAAUUGUACCAAUAGAUGAUCUUGAUGAAGCUGCCCGAGUUGCGGUUAAAUUAUCAACGAUUGUUAAAUUAGCACAAUCUGAAAAUCUUAGCGUUAAUUUUGAAAUACCUUCAAUUUCAUAAAUAUAGUAAAAAUUGUUAUUUGCAUAUUAUCAGAACUUCGAGGAUAUAUUCAUAUUGCUAAAUGUUUGGAACAACAUUUGAAAGUAAUAACUAGAUUAAUAAUUUCGAAUGUCACAUCUGUGCUGUCUUUAGAAUUACAUUUGAGUACUUCACAUAUGUUUUUAUUAUAAGUGGAAUGGAAAGAAAGUUCAUUGAAAUUUUUGUUUUGCUCGAUGUUUGAAACAUUAAUAUUCUUCAUAAAAAGAGAUGAAUAUGAUCGUAAUUCUUAAUUACGGAUUUGUACAUUUGAGAAAAAAAAUUAAACCUGUAUUUAAUUACGCUCUUCUAUAUUUAAAAUAUUGCAAAAAAUACUAGACAAUUGAGCUACUUUCUUCUCAAUACAAGCACAAAUUCGUUCCCAAGAAGUACGCAGACUUUUUCAAGAAUGUAAUUUAUUGCUUACCCAAUUAACGGGGGUUUCUGUGAUUCAGUAUUAAAAUUAAGUUACAUAAUAUACACUUACUGACAUAGCCAUAUCUUUUGCACGAAAGUGUACUUGAUAUUCUUUCAAAACGUACAUAUAUGUUAACAAAAAGUACAUGACUACUACUGUCCAAAAAACGAAAACCUUUUAUAUAACCAUCCACAAAAAAUUGUUAUAAUUGAGAUAUUACGCGAGAUAUGAUUGUCAUAUCUCAUUUGAAAAAAAAGGGCCUGUUUAAUGUAAUAUAGACAUAUGUAGUUAUAUGUAUACAUAUAUAAAUUAUUUUACGUAAU